GGGGGCACCAUCGCCGCAGGUCGUCGCUCGCCUGGGCCCUUACCACCUCUCUGUGGAUGCCAGCGGACCACGACCUUUGCAUACUCAUGCCCUCGACUGGCGAGCCUAUGCUGCUGUUAUUCUGCUCGUGGAGUCCCGCGCGUGUGUCGCCGUGCCUACGGUAUGGGUAGGUUGGUUCGCGUCCCUGGCUCGGCUUUCGCAUUCUUAGCGGGUAUCACGCUAGGGCUGUCCACUAUCGACCGCCUCGAUUUGCGUGUUGGUGCCUGCGCACAGACUUACCGAUGCAAUCGCCCCUCGUUGGAUCCGAAGCCAGCAUGGCUCAAAGGAUCGGUGUGAAUCGCUGUGCGUUGAUCUGAUGGGUUCCUCAGGCUGCAGAGGUACCAGUGCUUCUGCUCCUGCGGAGCCUUCCUGUGGAGCCAGUGAUGUGGAUGCAUCUGCUUCGCCAGCCGCUGAUGGUGUCCUGAACCCAGUCAGCAGCUUUGGUCUCAACCUGUUUGCACGGCUUGCUGGAUCCUCUCCAAAUGUGUUCAUAUCGCCGUUCUCUAUUUCGACAUCUUUGGGUUUGGCGGAAAUAGGCGCUACGCUUGGAUCCCCAACCUCGAAGGCCUUCGAGACCGUUCUCGGACGUCCAGCAAAUUCAGCGGUGAGCGACCUUCACACGGCAGGUUUGGGCGAUUGCGAGUUGCUCAUCGCCAGCUCUGUUUGGUCAAGGGGAGCCCUGCUUGCAGAAUACGUGGAGGCUGCAUCGAAGACGUUCGAUGCGAUUGCGUGCGAACUGCCUUCGCACGCGGAGCCGGUCAACAAAUGGGUCUCGGAGAAGACUCAGGGCCGUAUUGAAGGACUUGUGGACGAUGACGUCGUUCGCGAUCCGCUCACCGUUGCUUUGCUGAUCAAUGCAGUGUUCUUCAAAGGUUCAUGGGCGAAGCAGUUCGACAAAGCCAAGACGCAGUCAGCGAAGUUCACUACUUCGGACAAAGGCGAUUUGCAGUGUCAAAUGAUGAACAUGUCGGGCCUCACGAUUCAAGUCGCUGAGGCUGAGGCAGCAACGAGUAUUGCCUUGCCUUAUAGUCAGGACGCCGUCCGUGCCGUUCUCAUGUUGCCAAAGUCCCAGAGCUCAGAUGCUGCAGAGAAGCUUGCUCUCCGUCUUUCUGCUGGUGGCUGGAAAGAGUUGAGGCCCACGAAGCAGGCCCAGCAGAAAGUUACAGUGGGAUUACCGCGCUUCAAAGUCAGCUUUGGAGUUGCAGACGUCGCCCCACACCUCAAAGCCAUGGGCUUGGCUGAGGCUUUCGGCGGGACUGGCCAAUUCCUUCGCAUGAGUGCCGACCCCGACGUUCAUAUUGAUGCGGUCUUGCACAAAGCAGUUCUGGAAGUUAGUGAAGAGGGUACGGUAGCCUCGGCAGCGACGGCGGCCGUCAUGAUGACAAGGAGCCUCCCGCCGCCCGAGCAGGUUGUUGUCUUCGAUCGGCCUUUCAUUUUUGCGAUCGAGCACGUUGCCUCCGAAGAGCUGCUAUUCGUUGGAUUGAUCGGUUCGCCUGAGUUCUUCUGAAUGUUUUUUUCCACGGAUCCCCGGAGAUGCAUCCCUGCCCUGACCACGCGGCGCCUCCCGGCCACUGCUCAAAAAG